ACGUGACGGGGUAGCCCGUGUUACGUCACACGCGGCGCUCUUCCGUUCGGCCUGCAGACGGGUUCAGACGCGCUUAAUAUUUUAACUCGUGUUUUUCUAUCGAUAUCUGUUCUAAUCAUGGCCGCAGCCGCCGCUCCCGUGAGGAAGAGGCUCCUGAAGGAGGAAGACAUGACGAAGAUCGAGUUUGAGACGAGUGAGGAGGUAGAUGUGACGCCGACGUUUGACACGAUGGGCUUGAGGGAAGAUCUGCUGCGCGGGAUAUACGCCUAUGGUUUUGAGAAACCAUCAGCGAUUCAGCAGAGAGCCAUUAAACAGAUCAUCAAGGGAAGAGACGUCAUCGCACAGUCUCAGUCUGGUACUGGUAAAACAGCCACAUUUUGUAUCUCAGUGCUGCAGUGUUUGGAUAUUCAGGUUCGAGAGACUCAAGCACUGAUUUUGGCGCCAACCAGGGAGUUAGCAGGACAAAUCCAGAAGGUGCUGCUAGCGUUGGGUGACUACAUGAACGUCCAAUGUCACACCUGUAUCGGCGGCACAAACGUCGGCGAGGACAUCAGGAAGCUGGAUUACGGUCAGCACGUGGUGGCUGGAACGCCCGGCAGAGUGUUCGACAUGAUCCGCAGAAGGAGUUUGAGAACUCGUGCCAUUAAGAUGCUGGUGUUGGAUGAAGCGGAUGAAAUGCUCAACAAGGGUUUUAAGGAGCAGAUUUACGAUGUGUACCGAUAUCUGCCGCCCGCCACUCAGGUGUGUCUGAUAAGCGCUACACUCCCGCACGAAAUCCUGGAGAUGACCAACAAAUUCAUGACUGACCCCAUCCGCAUUCUGGUCAAACGUGAUGAGUUGACACUGGAGGGCAUCAAACAGUUUUUCGUGGCUGUCGAACGAGAGGAGUGGAAGUUUGACACUCUGUGUGACCUGUACGACACACUCACCAUUACACAAGCUGUUAUCUUCUGCAACACCAAACGCAAGGUGGACUGGCUGACAGAGAAGAUGAGAGAAGCGAACUUCACUGUGUCGUCAAUGCACGGAGACAUGCCACAGAAAGAGAGAGAAUCCAUCAUGAAAGAGUUCAGAUCUGGAGCCAGUCGAGUGUUGAUCUCCACAGACGUGUGGGCCAGAGGUCUGGAUGUUCCUCAGGUGUCUCUAAUCAUCAACUAUGAUCUGCCCAACAACAGAGAGUUGUACAUCCACAGGAUUGGUCGAUCAGGUCGAUAUGGCAGGAAGGGUGUGGCCAUCAACUUUGUGAAGAAUGACGACAUUCGUAUUCUGCGUGAUAUUGAGCAAUACUAUUCCACACAGAUUGAUGAAAUGCCCAUGAACGUGGCUGACCUGAUUUAAGCUGUUGGAUAUGGGGUGAAAUAAUCCAAUAGCAGUUUUGCAUUCAUCUGGGUCUUUUUAUUUACUCUGGUAUUUUUAUGUAUUUUAAGUGUGCUCUGAUGCAUAUUGUGUUGUAAGUAGCGGUGGUUCAAUGCACAUCAUUGGAUAUUGUAAAUAAAGAGUCUUUGUCGCCGUCUUUGAUCUAA